GUCAGAACACUGAGCAGUUGACGCACUUUUUGUUUCCGUAUAGGUACCGAUAUACCGGCAACUCAGUGUUAUCUGCAUAUGAUUUUGCUACGCAUUUUUUUUCAGUGUGAAGAACGUUUAUUUUCAGAUGUGCUGUUUUUGUAUUUGUUGAGACGAAGAACCAGCAAUCGAUUUCAGUAAUCUUUUGAUGAGGAGGUUCAAAUACUUGAUUAUGAAUAUUCUCCGGACAGUGAAUGUAACUAGCUAUGUUAGCUAGCUAGCUGAUGUUAGUUAUUUAGUGAUAGUUAUCUAUCUAGGACUACCGAACGGCUAUGGUAGCUAUCUGAUUUAUCCUUAUUUUGAGAAAACAUGAGAAAAGCUUUUUUAAGGCAUGCUAAAAGGUUUCCUUGGGUAACGAAUGUGACUCUGUAUGGCUGCUUAUUCGCUGGCGGGGACUUCGUCCAUCAGUGGUUCUCCCGUAGGGAGGAAAUGGACUGGCGACAAACGCGAAGGGUUGCAAUGGUGGCUUUCAGUUUCCAUGGCAACUUCAACUACUUCUGGAUGCGAGGUUUGGAGCGGAUGUUUCCCGGAAAUUCUGGUGGCAUGGUACUUCGCAAAGUGCUCCUGGACCAAACGAUUGCAUCGCCAAUAGCCACCACUGCCUUCUAUACAGGAGUGAGUUUGUUAGAGGGAAAAGAUGACAUCUUCCAGGAUUGGAGAGAGAAGUUCCUCAACACUUAUAAGACUGGACUCAUGUACUGGCCAUUUGUUCAGUUCAUGAACUUUGCACUAGUUCCACUGUACCUGCGAACGACGUUCACGGGCUGCUGUGCUUUCCUAUGGGCCACCUUCCUGUGCUUCUCGCGGCAGAGCGGGGAUGGAACAGCUUCUGCUGCCCUUACCUGGAUCCAGGAUCUCCAUAAAAGGCUUCCACCACCUGCCUCUAGCCAAAAGAAAUGAAACCAGACAGGUAGAGAUACCCAGUGCAAUAGGAGAGAAAGAAACUAUUCAAAAUGAAGUAACCUUGUGGAUGUCACUGUGGAAAGACACUGAUCCUGGAUGUGCUAGAGUUCUUUUUGUUCACAAGAAUGUGAUGAAAUUUAAUUAGUCUUUCUCUCCCUGAGAUAAAAUU